AUGGAUUCAAAGGACGACCCGAACGCCGGAGCCCACCGCCACAACACGGCGACCGAUAAUUCCGACACCAUCGCCGUGCAGAAGAAGCGGGCGCGCAGAGUGAGCUUCGCCGAGACCACGUCGGUCCGUCUCUUUAACCGCGACGACGAGGAGGAUGUGAGUCCUAUGGUUGAAACUGCCCGAGUUAGGGACGGUUCACCCGGAGAAUCCAGAUUCGGGCGGCUGUCGGAGCCUUACAUGGUGUUUGGCGGCGAGGACGGCGACAAUGACAACGACGAAGAUGAAUAUAUGCGCCGGUCGUUUUUGCGCCCGGAUGGAUCCCCUUCUCCUGGUGGGAGCACGUUUGGGUCUGCUUCGUCGAAUGACGAAGAUGAUUUAUUUGGUCCCGUAUCAGCCAAUUUUAUAAGGCCUGGGCGGUUGUAUGACUCUGAAGCUUCGGAUGAUAACCAUGAUGUUACAAUGGACUCAACAGCUUUCUCUAUGCAUUUUCAGAGUCUUGUUAGAUCAGAAUCGGGGAUAGACCUAAAGACACCGACUGGGAGUCAACUAUAUUUUGAAGAGAAAACACCGAAGAAUGAAAAUACAGGAAGCUCCAUGACCUUUGCUUUGGGUAAAAAGGCACUCCUUGAAUCUUCUCGGGCUGUCACAGAAGUCAGUGGCAGUCACAACUCCAAUGAUAUGAGUCUUGUUGGGGACAACCCCAGAAAGUAUGACUACGAGAAAUUAUCACCAGGAUUGGAUGCUCUUCUGGCUGAGAGCCGGAAAGACUUGCUUCAUGGUAGUGUAUCUGACGAUAUCGUUACUUCACCGUCACCUAAACCCAAGGAAGCUGAGGUUUUGCCUUCAAUUGAUCAUGGUGAUAGUCUUAUCAAUCCAAGCUGUAUUGAUCUUCCUGAUGAUGAAACUGCUGCUUGCAUUGAGGCUGGUGAGACUAAUGGGCAUGCUGAAAUUUCUGUACGUGCCAGCUCUCCUGUAAAAAAUUCACGCAAUGCUGCAGCAUGCAACAGAGAUAAUGAUGAGGGAAUCAAGUCGCCGUAUCUGUUGAGUAAAAAUGGAUCAGAAACCCCAUUGGCAUCUGAAUAUUCUCCCAUCAAUCAACAAAAUGCUCUGACUACAGUGUCUUCAGUUAAACAGAGGGAACUGGCAUCUCCCUUGACGAAACCUGGUUCCAUGCCUAGAAAUGGAAGUUUAGAACAUCAAAAUACCCAGACAUCUAUCCAGAAAAGCAUUUCCAAUCUGGAAUUGCUUGAGAGAUCUGCAUUAUCUUCUGCAUUCAGUGCAAAAGUUGACAAUUCCUUUGUUAAGACGCUGGAUUUUUUCAAAUCCCCAACUUUUGACCCUCUUUUGGGAAACACACGUCAUAAUUCCAGAAUCAAUUUUGAAGAUUCAAUAAAUGAAGAUAAACUUGACAGUGUUCAUCAGAGUAACAAGAGUAGUUAUGCUCGCAGCAGGGAUCGUGCUAGGGCUGAGACUCGGGAUCACAUCAGUGAUGAAAAUCAUGUUGAUAAACAUCUUGGUCAAAUAGUGGGUGGAAAAUCGCCUAAAGAGUUGAGGACCGAGGAUGUUUCUAAAGAUCAAAUAAAAUUUGGGAGAACUGUUUCUUCACCAUCUAAGAUAACUUGGUCCGGAGGAAACUUGGGUUGUAGUUUGUUUACAACCGAAUGUUCUAAAGAGGAUGCCGUAAUGACUGAAACUGAGUCCUUAUUGGCUGUGAUCGCUUCAGGUGAUGGUGGAAAAGGAUUUGUUACUUCUGAAUUUGUUGCUUCUCCAGUCAGAAGGCUGGGGAACAAAUUGUCAGCUUCACUAAUUCCUUCAUCCACACAAACUAAAGAUUUAUUUCUACAAAACCAUCUCAAACAAAUGCGAGACUUCCAUAAAAAAGAUUUAAGCCCAGGGAGAAAUUUUGCGAAUGCGAAACUCUCGACUGGAGUUGAUAAUCUGGAUUUUGAUGUUGAUGGGAAAAAAAACUUGAUUGAAAAACAAGCAACUGAUGUUGAAGUUGACCUGUAUAACGGGAAGGAAAUAUUUGGAACCACCGAUUACUUUUGUUCUCCUGCUAAGGAAAAAAGAUUGUAUAUAUUGAAUCCUGAAGAUCAGUAUGCAAAUAACCUGGCUAGGAAGGGCAUAUCCAGGAAUGAGGAUAACCUACCUGAAAGUUCCAGAGCGGGUUCCAAUGAGCCUGUUUCUUCAUCUGCCCGUGGAGAUCUAAAUGAGUCGAGAUUUCUGAAGCUGGACUUCUGUACAGCCACUACCUCAACAAAGGAGCUUGAUGCUGAACAGCUCUCUGGAACACCCUCCCCAAAAACCACCAAAUUGAGUGGUAGACCAGGAGAGUUAGAGGCAGGCAAGAGAAAUUUGGAAUUAUUGCUGAGGGACACUAGACACCGAGAUGAAAUGACCUCAAUGCAGAGGAGUCCCAAAGUUCAGAAAGUAGGAAAAUCAUAUUCAGAGAAAACAUUUAAUCUGGAUGAAGAUAGAACAACAUUAACUAUCCAUGAAAGGAAGAAGUGGAAUGAUAUAUAUUCUAAAUUCUCAGAGGAUCUGAAGUAUUUAUUAUCUGGAUCAUUUGAUAAUCUUAACCGUGAGAUGAUUGAUGCGCUUGAAGAUGCCUUGGUGUACCAUCAGCGGUCAAAAGUAUAUGAGAUGCUUCACGAUGGUGUUUUCCCACAGGUCUGCUUGCACUUUAUGAUACUUGAAAUAUACAAAAUGGCUGAAACAAAUUUACUCGUGCAUCGUGUUGUGUUUGAAAAGGCAAAGUUGCAGCUGAACCAUGUUAAGAAGGAGAGAUUGUUGAAAAGGUUACAGCUAUUGCGCUCUAGGCUUCAGGAGUCGCAAAAAUUGGGGGAAAAUAUUGCUUCACAGCCAUUGCAGACAUGCACAAGUGCUGUAGUUGAUGCUGUUGGUGAACAAACACUGUCUGUCAAUUUGAAGAAGGAACAUGAGAUUUGCCAAGAAAAGUUGACUGCAAUGAGACAGACCUUGGACACAUUGGAUAAAAAAAUUUCAAACUUGACGAAAACAUUUCAAACACGCUGCAAGAUAAAAGAUGAACCAAGCAGUGCUGACACAAUUGCCUUAGUUAAUAAACGCAUGACAGAGAAGGCGUCUUGCAAGCUCAUCCGUCUAGAAAUGCAGAUGUAUGUAGUACAAAGUGUGAGCAGUGUCAAUGGUCAGCACAAUGUUGUUCUCAACUACCUUGACUUCGUUACCCAGAGCAUAAAAAUCCUUGUUGGUCCGGCAUCAAGUGUCUCAAUUUCAUUUAUAUUGAAUGAGACCAACAUCAUUAAGAAUUUCCCAAAUAUGGAUGCUUGCGUAGCAUUUGCAUAUGUGUUUAAUACAGAGACUACUCGCAAGUACAUUGGCUCUAAAACUUUGCCACAGGAAACCCAAGUAACUAGUUCACUUCUGGGUAACCUGCUUGAUUUGGUUGAUGAGGUACAAUCAGCACAGAUGCUGCUUCCAGAUCUGACUCAAUCUAGUUUUUGUUCACCGUCUGCUGAGCAGCUUCAUCUCGUGCUGUGUUUCUUUAAUUUCACUUCUGGGCGGAAGGUGAAUCUCACUCUUGAUAUAUCUUGCUUGAAACGCGGAAUUUAUCCUUCUGAGAUUGUCCCACUUCAAUUGGUCUCGCCUGGAGACCGUGAAGUAGUUUUGUCCACUUCAACUCAGCCAAUCCUUGAUGACAUUAAGGAGGCAGUUAAGGAUGUUAAGACCGGUUACAAGAGAGUUUUACGUCUGUGCAAGUGUGUUUCCCAGGUGGUUCGAGCUUCAACUCUGUAA